GAAAAAAUACUAAUUUACUAAACUUAAUUAAAAUUGAGUUUAGGAUUGAUAAACAAGCAAACAAAGGAUAAACAACCAACAAGAAACCGGCGCCGUUUUGAAGUGAAAGUGUCUCAAAACAAAACCCUCUUCACUUGUUCGCCGCAUAGAAUCAAAAUCAACCAUGUUCCGCAGAAUCUUCUCUUAUCGUGCACUCGCAUCGUGCACCCGCAAUGCACUUUCCUCAUCCGAAACUCGUUCUCUUCCGCAUUCUCUCUCUCGUUCUAUUGCCCCAAUUCUACCUCCACCUUCAUUCCUAGGAGUUGGAAUUGCAGAAAACCAUAGAUCAAUUUCUUUUGCGAGGUUAAUGUCUUCAAGAGCAUCAUCUGAAAAAGAGAAAGGCACAGAAAAGACAAAAAAGGAGAUACAAAAUGUUGAGGAUCCAUUUGAUUCUUCUCCAACAUAUAAUAUUCCUGAGAAGCCGGUAACAUUUGUGGAGGGGGCGUCCUACAGUCUGGUCAUUCUUGCUGGGCUUGGAUUUGCAGCUUUUGCUGGAUAUGCUGUUUUCAAGGAGCUUAUCUUUCAACCUAAAGAGUACAAGAUCUAUAACAAGGCUCUCAAAAGAAUUCAAGAUGAUGGUCAGGUCAGAGUGAGGAUUGGAUCCCCAAUAACAGGUUAUGGCCAAGAGAGUAGAAACCGCGCUGCUCGUCAAAGGAUUGCCAACAGGGUUUGGACUGAUGAGGCAGGUGUUGAGCAUGUGGAGGUUAAUUUCUUUAUCCGGGCCAACCAUGGACAUGGGAAAGUAUACGCUGAGAUGUUCAAAGGAGAUGACGGUGAGUGGAAAUUCACAUACUUGAUUGUUGAGAUUAAAGCACCCUCUCCAGCACAAUUAAUUCUGGAGUCAUAUAUCCCAGCUUACAACGCAAACAAGUAGCCUAGAUGAGAAAAGGUCCUUGAUAUUUGGCCCAUUACUGUAGACCACAUUUUUCAACUUUCAGCAUUGAUCACCUUUGUUAGUCCAUGUUCCCUUAGGGGUGAAAGUUGGAUGAAGGAAGGACAAUUAAAGUAACAAAUAAUAGGAAAAUCUGAUCUCAAAUCUCAGGUUCAGUAUUUCUUUUACUUUCAUUAAGAACCUGCAGAUGCGAGGGAAAGUUUUGGAAAGAAUCUCAGUAUCGACGAGAGUGAUCACUUUGUCGUUGAUGCCGAUUGAGAUUGUCAUGUACUUCUAAUUUAUUGUUACUGCUGACACUUUCAUUUAGCUUGGUUUGUGAAGUACAUUGAGUAGCUUGUAGGAGCACGCUAAUUUGUUAUUAUGUGGAUGAAUAUGAGAAGUCAUUGUAGCCAAAAUGAAAAUUAAUAAUGGAUCAUAUAAUAUUGAUUUUUAGUCA